AUGAGGCAAUUUUUCGGCACCACCCUUUUUGUAUUCUUGGUAAAUUUAUACAUUCACCAAAAUAAUGUUGUGAGCAACGAAAUUGUUAAUUUUAAAAAUCCCAACUUGAGGAACGGCUUGGUAGGUAAAAACCUCACCCUUCAGGAUGAACAAAACGGUCUAGACUCAAAAGAGGGUGAUGAAGUGAACACAAAUGAAAAUCAAAGCGAAUUGUUACAUAAAUCUGAAGCACAGAUGCAAACGCAAGGACAGGAAACCAAGGUAAUAGAUGAAAAAGAUGAUGUAAAAAAACAAAAGCAAAUUAAAAAAGCUAACGAAGCAAAAGAAAAUGCUAUAAAGGAACAAAAAGAAGCAGAAGCUGAAGUAGAAAAAAUAGUAGAUGCAACAAAAAAAGUAGAAAAUGCUGAAGACGCAAUAAAAAAUGCAGUGAAAAAAAUGAAAGAAAUAGCAGAAAAAGCAAAGAAAACAGCAACAGAAAAGGCAAAGGUAGCAGAAGAAAAAGCAAAGGAAGCAGCAAAGGUAGGAAUAUCAACUGGUAUGGCAAGUUUCCACGCAAUUAUUGCUGAAAAGGCAAAAGAUGAUGCGAAAACAGAGAAAGAAAAGGCUAAAAGAGCAGCAGAAAUAGCAAAGCAUGUUGUGAAUGCAUAUGAAGCGAAAAUGGAAGCAGAGAAAGCACAAGAAGAAGCAGAAAAAGCACAAAAAGAAGCAGAAAAGGCUAAGGAAGAAGCAGAUAAAGCACAAAAAGAAGCAGAAAAAGCUAAGGCAGAAUCAGAUAUUGCAAAUGAUGAAGCUACAAAAUUAGUGGAAGAAUAUGACGACAAAAAAACAGAAGAAGAAAAGGAAAGGCUCGAAACAGCGAAGAAGGUAGAACAUGCAGUGACAAAGAUACAGGAAGCAGUGAAAAAAAUACAGGAAGCAGUGAAAAAGGUAAAGGAUGAACUGGAAAAGAUAAAGGAAGCACUACAAAAUGCAACAAAAGCCGAAAGUGAAGAAAAUGAAGCAGAGCAAGCAAAGAAAGACAAAGCACUAAUAGACGAAACAAAUGUAAAAAAGAUAGCAGACAUUGCUAACAAAGCAACCGAAGCAAAGGAAGUAGCGAAAAAAGCAAAAGCAGAAGCAGAAAUACAAGCAGGAAUAGCAAAAAUUAAAGUCGCUUUGGAAGACGCAAAAAUAGCAGCAAAGGCAGCUGGAAUAGCAAAAAAACUGACAGAUGAAUUAGCAAGAAUGGCAACAUCAGCCAAUGUACAUAAUGAAACAGCAAUAGAAAAGGCAACUGAAGCAAAUACAAAGGUAAAAGAAAUAGAAGCAUUGUUAAAAGAAAUAGAAAAAAUAGAAAACGAAAAAAAAGAAUUAGAAAAAGAGGAGGAAGCUAAAAAAAAUGUGGAGAAAGCAAUCGAAGCAAAAGAAGUAUCGAAAAAAGCAAAAGCAGAAGCAGAAAUAGCGGUAUCAGCUGCACGAGUUCAUGUAGCGAAACAAGAAGCAAGUAGAUUAGCACAGGUAGCUAAUGAAGAGAAAAAUAAAGCAAAACAGGCAGUAGAAACAGCAGAAAAUGCAAAAGAGGAAGCAGAAAAGGUAUCUGAAAAAGUAAAAAAUGUAAACGAAAUAGAAGAAGCUGUAAAAUAUACAACAGAAGAAGUAGAAACUGCGAAAACGGAAGAAAAGAAAGCUGAAAUAGAAGCAAUCGAAGUAGCAGAAGAAGCACGCACAUUUGAAUAUCUAUUAAUAAUAGUAACAGAAGUAGCCAAUAAAGCAAAAGAAGUAAAAGUUGCAAAAGGAGAAAAUAUAACAAGUACAUUGGAAGAAGCACAAGAAGAAGCAUUACAAGCGGUGAAAGAAGCAGACCAUAAGGCACUGGAUACAUUCAAUAUGACACAGAAAGCAAUAGACGCUUCUAAAAAGGCACAAAAAGCAGCAGAAGUAGCAAAAGCACAGGCAGCAAAAGCAGAAGCAUAUAAAGCAAUAGAAGAUGAACCUACAGCAUCAGAAGAAGAAAGAAAAGCAGCUGAAGCGGCAGAGAAGGUGGCAGAAGAUGAAGUAACGAAAGCAACAAGUGAAGCAGAAAAAGCAAAAACUGCAGCAGAUAAGGCAAAAGAAGUAAGUACGCUGGAAGAAGCCAAAGAAGAAGCAAUCAAAGCAAUAAACGCAUUAAAAGAAGCAAGAACAUCCAUAUAUAAAACAGAAUACGAAUACUUGAAACUGAUAAAGCAAGACAUAUUAGAACCAUUGCACAUAUCUCCAGAGGCAAGUGAUAACGUAAUCGAUAAAAAUGAACAGGUGACGCAGGAAGCCGAAGAUCGGGGAAGUGAAGAAAAUGAUGAUACAAUAGAAGACGUUACACCAUCAGACGUUGGAGAAGAAGGCGAAGGAGAGUUGGAAGAUGAAGAAGAGGGAGAAGAAGAUGAAGAAGAAGAGGAAGAAGAGGAACAAAAAAAUGAAGAACCACCAGGACAACCACAAACACAGCAAGAUGAUGCGAUCUCAAAAGAAAAUGGCACAGCCGAAACACAAAAAGGCGAAGAAGUGUUAGAUGACCAGGGGGCUCAUAAAUUACUUGCAGGGGAGAAUAACAUUGCUAACCAAAUCAAAAAGGCAGAAAACGCCCUCUUAAAAACGAUGAUUAAUGAGAUCGAAGAUGCUACUAUCCACAAUUUAUUGCAAGACAUGAGUCAUUUUCUUAAAGGUAAAGUACAAUAA